CUCAAGUUUUGAGUAAUGCUGGCCGGGCCUCACGUGGGGGCCCUCGGGCACCGCGUGGGUCGGCGCGAGGCCAGUCUGGGCCCAGAUCCCGGGGUCACGGUGCGAGUGCGCUUCGCUCCCAGCCCCACAGGCUUCUUACACCUGGGUGGCCUCCGUACUGCCCUCUACAACUACAUCUUUGCCAAGAAGCACCAAGAGAGCUUCAUUCUGAGGCUGGAGGACACUGAUCAGAGCCGCCUGGUACCGGGGGCAGCAGAAAACAUUGAGGACAUGCUGGAGUGGGCAGGCAUCCCACCUGAUGAAAGUCCCCGCCGGGGUGGUCCUGCAGGGCCCUACUAUCAGUCACAGCGGCUAGCUCUGUAUGCCCAGGCCACAGAAGCAUUGCUGAAAUCUGGAGCUGCCUAUCCCUGUUUCUGUUCACCACAGCGGCUGGAGCUCCUGAAGAAGGAAGCACUGAGGAGCCGUCAGACACCUCGGUAUGACAAUCGAUGCCGGAACCUGAGCCAGGCACAGGUGGCCCAGAAGCUGGCCACAGACCCCAAGCCUGCUAUCCGCUUUCGCCUAGAGGAAGCAGUACCAGCCUUCCAAGACCUGGUAUAUGGCUGGACUCAGCAUGAAGUGGCCAGUGUGGAGGGGGACCCAGUUAUCCUGAAAAGUGAUGGCUUUCCUACCUACCACCUAGCCUGUGUGGUAGAUGACCACCACAUGAGCAUCAGCCAUGUACUUCGGGGCUCUGAGUGGUUGGUCUCUACAUCCAAGCACUUGCUCCUCUACCAGGCCCUGGGUUGGCAGCCACCUCAAUUUGCUCAUCUGCCCCUGCUCCUCAACAGGGAUGGUAGCAAGCUGUCUAAGAGGCAAGGGGACAUUUUCCUGGAACAUUUCGCUGCCACCGGUUUUCUUCCAGAAGCCUUGCUUGACAUCAUCACCAACUGUGGCUCGGGGUUUGCAGAGAACCAAAUGGGCAGGACCCUGCCGGAGCUGAUUACACAGUUUGACCUGACUCGGAUCACCUGCCACUCAGCCCUGCUGGACCUAGAGAAGCUCCCAGAAUUCAACAGGCUGCACCUCCGCCGGCUGGUGAGCAGUGAGACCCAGAGGCCCCAUUUGGUGGAGAAGUUGCAGGGCCUGGUGAAGGAGGCAUUUGGGAGCGAACUGCAAGACAGGGAUGUUCUGGACCCAGCAUAUAUGGAGAGGAUCCUCCUGCUGCGACAGGGUCACAUCAGCCGUCUGCAGGAUCUGGUCUCCCCAGUGUACUCCUACUUAUGGACCCGCCCUGCUGUCCAUCGAGCAGAGCUGGGCGCCAGCUCGGAAAAGUUGGAUGUGAUUGCCAAACACUUGCUGGGGCUUUUAGAAAGACCUGGUUUAAGCCUAACUCAGGAUGUGGUGAACAGAGAACUGAAGAAGCUGUCAGAAGGCCUGGAAGGCACCAAGCAUAGCAGCGUGAUGAAGCUCCUCCGGAUGGCCCUCAGUGGACAGCUGCAAGGACCCCCUGUGGCUGAGAUGAUGGUGUCCUUGGGCCCAGAGGAAGUACGGGAACGAAUCCAGAAGGUGCUUUCUAGCUAGGGAAAGGAUGCAUAGGACGAUGGAGGUGACCCUGAGAGCCUCUACACAUGGAAACUGAAUUCUAAGGAGAGCAGGGCCUGGGGCCUACUAGGACCCUUUCAGAAUGAACAGCAGUAGAAACAGGCUCUCUGACUACUCUCAGCUGGCCUCUGGGGAGCCUGGCUUGUUUCACCUUGUUAACUCUGGGAAGGAUGAACUUGAA